CCGGCCUGACUGAUUUAAGUUCCUGCCGGGACAACACACCAACUUUUCUUUUUUCUUCUCUGGCAGCAAAGUACUUGCGGUGCUGCCAUGCUGGAGCUGUGAGGCUUGUUGGACUUGCUAGUGCUUUAUUCCUCCUGAUCAUGGCACCGUUCGGGAAGAACUUCCUGAAAGCCCGACUGAAAAACAGGAGCAAAGACAGUGAGGUUGUGACGGGGAAGGAGAUUCAGGUGACCGUCUGCAAUGAGGAUAAGGUAGUUUGUGGAGUGACCAAGCACACCACAUGUUCAGACAUGAUACAGGCAUUAUUAGAGGAUCACAGAUCCAUCCCAGAGAGCAAGCGUCUCCUAAACGGUGAGUCAAAGGACUUCUGUUUAGUAGAGCGCUGGAAGGGCUUUGAGAGGGCCUUGCCGCCCCUCACUAGGAUUCUGAGGCUGUGGCACGCCUGGGGAGACCAGAGACCCUUCAUCCAGUUUGUUCUGGUCAAAACCAGUGACUUUGUGCCUCCGCGAGCUAUGAAGGGUCCAAAGAGCAGAACCAACAGCAAGGCUGCAAGAUGCAUCAAGAACCCUCAGGCUCUGCCUAUAGACAAGCAGAAACGUGUGGUGAAGAAGGCCUUCCGGAAGUUGGAGAAGCUCCAUAAGGACAGCAAAGUGUCCGCCGGCACAGAAGAGAUUGACCGCAUGGUGCAGCUCAUUCUCGACCAGGACCACACCAUCCAGGAACAAAUCCAGCGAAUGAGGAAUCUUGAUUUGGAGAUGGACCAGCUUCAAGUGCAUAAAGAUGGAGGCGAGUCUGAGGCUUGUGGAUCUACUUUAGACUCGGAGCAACUUGACGAGUUCCUGCACACCAGUAACUGUGUCCACCAGCUGGAGCUGCAGCUUCAGAGGCACCAGGCGGUUAUCACACAGCUGGGUCAUGCCAUUGACGCAGAGCUGAGAAUGGCAGAUGAUCAAGAAGAAGCACAGGCUGCUCCUUGUACGUCCUCUGAGGCUAACGAGUCUCUGCUCGCCGAACUGGAGAGGAUUCAGGUGGAGCUGAGACGCAGUGUCUUGGCAGGCGUGUCUCUCCACAACCAGACGGCCGAAGUGGACAAGCAGCUCCACUGGUCCGAGUCCACCUUCAUCUCCAGGGACCAGGAGUGCUGGCAGUUGGCCACUCAGCUCAACUCGCUGCAAAUGGCCGAUGCCACAGACGAAAUGCCUGUUUCCGUCAACGUGAAAGCAGAGACUCAGGUAGUAACGGUCAAGCACGGCUCGUGCCCCUCCGAUGUGACCGACACGGACUCUGACACCGGCAUCAGCUCCACACACAGCCAGGACUCACUGUCCCCCAGCAAAGACUUCCGUCCUCCACUGGACACAGACGUCUGAGAAGACGUUUGACGUGGGAACAACAAACGAGCGCUGUUUGCGAUGUACUCUCUUUUAUACAAAAACAACCAGUAUGUAACAGUCCCUUUAUCUUUGCAACUAGAAGAACAUUAACAGUCCAUUAUUGCCCAUACUAUGCAAAGUUCAUGUUUAUAACUCACUUUUUAUCAUGUUAAAUAUGGACUAUUAAGACACUAAUAGUCUGUCUGUCCAUCGGUUAUUCAUUUGUUUCUUUUUGUUUUUUAUUUUGAUGAUUCCUUUUCAUGAGGCAGCACUUAUAAUGUAUUUUAACAGUGUUUUAUAUUAAAACUCACUAAGAUCUUUAUGAAUGUGGAAAUAUAUUAGAUUGUAAUCGAUGACCUCCCUGUGGAUGGCAGCUGUACAUAUACACCAAUGAAAGUUGUUUAUAUUUUGUGCCAGAUAUAUAUUACAUUAUUUACUUCUACCUACCGACCGAAAGGACAAGGUCAUGGGUGCAAGCAGCCGAAAUGAGUUUUCUCAAUGAGCGUGGCUGGGCUCUCCCUUAGAGAUAAGGUGAGAAGCACUGUCACCUGGGAGAAACUAUGAGUAGAACUCCUCUGCAUUGAGAGGAGCCAGAAGAGGUUGCUCGGGCAUCUGGUCAAGAUGCCCCCCAGACACUUGCCUGGGGAGGUGUUCAGGGCAUGCCCGACCAGUUGGAGGCCUCGGGGAAGACCCAGGACAGGAGGCUAUGUCUCUCAUCUGGCCUGGGAAUGCCUCGGGGUCCACCGGGAGGAGCCGGACAAAGCGGCCGGAGAGGGAGAAAUCUGGGCUUCCCUGCUUAGGCUGAUGCCCUCGUGACUCAAUCUUGAAUAAGCCGUAGAAGAUGGUUGGAUAGAUUAUUUACUACAUUUGUAAAUCCAAAAUAGUUGUAUUUAUUUCUAUUGGCCUGCAAGAGCUAAUGCAAAGCAAUCCAUUGUAUUAUUGCUCAUACUUCCUCAUAUCUUAUGGGCCUGCAAGUGCAGCAAUAGAGCCUCUUUUAAGUAGAUAAUGAACAGUUGGUCUUUUCUAAAAUAAAAUGCUCAAAAUAUUUUGUCUCAUUCUCCGAUUUUUUUCUUUUCACAUUUUGAAGUGCUAUUUCAAACUACUAGUUUGAAGCAGUUUUAAAUUGAUUGUUCAUAUUUUCUGACAUGAAGUUGUAUGACAUUCCAAUCAACAGUGUAGUGCCUCAAUGGUGACUUACUCCUCAGCUGAGUUCUGGUCUGAUUUUGGUCAUGACGAAUGUUAGUCGGUGGAUCACUUCAUUGAAGAGUUUGGCUUCUCAAAACAAUAUGCGCUCAAAAGAGUAAUACAUUUGCAUUGCAAAAAUGCCUCUUUGAAAAAAUCAGACCUCACAAUCCCUUGGCUAGAUAAAUUAAUGCAGAGCAAUUUUUGUCAUCUGUGGGUGGAAUAAAUUUAAUUUUUAAAAAGAAUAAGGAUAUAUUAAACCAUUUUGGAAAUCCAAGGAAAUGCAGCUGGAAUAGGAGCAGAUAAUGGAACAUCUGGAAAUCUUUCUGUGUGGGUUAUUGUGUGUACCUGCUCUAUAGGAUUCUACAUGUGGCCGAAAAUGAGCAUAAUAGGCCUCACCAACGAACUGGAACCGGGACACCGAAAUCUAACCAGAACCAACUGGGCUCACAGGACCAAGGGGGGUAUAAGUCACCAUUGAUGCGCUACACUGCAGAUAGGGACGUCAUACAAAUUAAUGUAAAAAAAGUCAGAUUUUAAGAUUUUCAUCAGGAGUGUAGCUAGAUAUACUGCAUCCAUCAAUCAUCAUAUAUACUGCAUAUCGUAUAUACGUUUAGUAGAUAAAGUUGUACACCUUUGUUCAGGGUGCACCCCACCUUUCACCCGAAGUCAGCUGGAAUAGGCUCCAGCUCACCUGUGGCACUAAUGAAGACAAGCAGUAUGGAAAGUGUAUUAGUUGGUGUACCUAAUAUUGUGUUUAUCACAAAUUAUAUUCAAGUGUGAUUGUCAGAAUGUAGGUUGCUGUUGUUGCAGUAUUCUCCUGGUGACGGACGGGAACAUCUAAUCUCACUAAAUCGUGUCUUCUUGUCAAACGUGCGACUGAAAGACUCUUCCUUUGUACUCCUGGCAGACAGGGCCCACACUGGGGGAGGGUAUCUAUUUCAAGGGCUGAAAACAUCUUAACCACACACCCCUCUUCCUCUGCCUCUCUGCGGCUGUCAACAUCUUCAAGGCUUUUCCACUGGUAUCGUGUAGAGCUGUUGCUUUUAUUGUAGGGAGCAAGAGUGCAUGUUUGUUGUCAAGGGUCACUGUGGGUGUAGUUUGUUUUGCCACAGAAACAUGACUUUUCAUGCUAGCAGCAGAAAAUACAAUUUCCCCCCCAAAAAAGCUCCCUGUCCUUCACUUGGUGGCAAAGGGGACGUCCAUAACUCGAUGAGCUUGAAGACAUGUCACAAGCUGAGACAAGUUCAAGAGCCUCGCAGGUAAUUGGCAGCACAUCCAAGGCACGUGAAUCUUUUCAUCAAUGAGACCGACAGUAUAAUCAAAUGUCUCCACUACUGUCUCAGUGUGUCAACCAUGUGUCUCAGUUGCUGAUA